AUGGUGAUAUUAUCAAAAAUUUUAGCUGAGAGUCUGAGAUUUAUGUUUGAAUAGUUUCUUGUUAGAUCCCAAUUCCCAAAUGAUGGUUCAAACAUGUAAUGUGCUGCUGUCAAUUUUAUUUGGAAGCAAGAGCCCUCCUUGGAAGGUUGGAGUACCAAAGAGGCAACUUAGAAGGUGCACUUCGUGUUUUUGAUGGAGCUGAUCUUCAAGCUGCUAUACAGCGGUUGCAACCUACUCUUACUGAAAAAGCAGCUUCGAGGAGGAACCGCUCCCGCACAGAGUCAAUGCAGAUAGUUACUCAAAAUUCUGCUAACUUGGUGCUUGAAGCCAUGUACUUGAAGGCUAAGUCUCUUCAGAAACUUGGAAGAAUAACUGAGGCUACUGAGGAAUGUAAAAAUGUCCUUGAUAUUGUGGAACGGGUAUUUCAUAAUUGCAUUCUUGAUAUGGCGUCAGACAAUAAGUUGCAAGAGACAGUUAGCCGGGCUGUAGAGCUCCUUCCUGAGCUGUGGAAACAAGCUGGUGGUUUUCAGGAAGCAAUGUCUUCUUACAGACGUGCCCUUCUGAGUCAGUGGAACCUGGACAAUGAAUGUUGUGCAAGGAUUCAAAAGAAGUUUGCUCUAUUUUUGCUCUACAGUGGUGUAGAAGCCGGCCCACCUAAUUUGGCUUCCCAGAUUGAUGGCUCAUAUGUUCCAAGAAAUAAUCUGGAAGAGGCAAUUCUGUUGUUGAUGAUCCUUUUAAGAAAAUUUCACCUUGGUAAGAUCAAAUGGGAUCCUUCAAUAAUGGAGUAUCUUACAUUUGCACUCUCUCUAUGCGGGAAGACUUCCAUAUUGGCAAGGCAAAUGGAGGAAAUCUUACCUGGAGUAUUUCACCGUUGUGAUCGGUGGAACAUUAUGGCUCUUUGUUACAGUGCAGCAGGAGAAAAUGCUGUUGCUUUGAACCUUUUGAGGAAGUCUUUGAACAAGCAUGAAAAACCAGAUGAAAUCUUGGCACUUUUAUUAGCUGCCAGGAUAUGCAGUGGAGACCCUCUUCUUGCUGCUGAGGGUGUAGGCUAUGCACAGAGGGCAAUUGCAACUGCUCAAGGUGUGCAUGUGCAUGAGCAUUUGAAGGGUGUAGGUUUUCGCAUGUUGGGUCUUUGUUUAGGAAAGCAAGCUAAGGUUGCUUCAUCAGACCAUGAGAGGUCUCAUCUCCAGACUGAAGCUUUGAAAUCAUUAGAUGCAGCAAUUGCAUUUGAACAGAACAACCCAGAUUUAAUUUUUGACUUGGGACUUCAACAUGCAGAGCACCGGAAUUCUCAUGCAGCUUUGCGUUGCGCAAAACAGUUCAUUGAUGCAACAGGAGGGUCCAUGUUAAAAGGAUGGAGAUUGCUUGCUCUGGUUUUGUCUGCCCAGCAACGAUAUUCAGAGGCCCAGGUGAUUAUUGAUGCUGCUUUGGAUGAGACUGCAAAGUGGGAGCAAGGGCCAUUGCUCAGAAUGAAAGCAAAACUAAAGAUCUCCCAAUCAUUGCCUAUGGAUGCGGUGGAAACUUAUAGAUUCCUCCUUGCGCUGGUUCAAGCCCAAAGAAAAUCUUUUGGGCCUCUUCGAAGUAGUAUCCUCCACGUUGAGGAUGAUAAGAUCAGUGAAUUGGAAGUUUGGCAAGGUCUUGCUAAUCUCUACUCCAGCCUUUCACAUUGGCAUGAUGCUGAGAUAUGCUUGGAGAAGGCUAGAGCGCUGAUGCAGUACUGUCCUGCUACACUGCAUGCUGAAGAUAUCACUAGAGAAUGCAAAUGGGUAGAUGAAACAUCAAUAGCUAGAUCUAUCUGCAAUUUAAGGUGGAUUCCUCCUGAAGUUCAUGUGGAAAAACUAAAUAUUAUAGCUGCAGUAUGGGUAAUCCGGGCCCCUUGGGAAUUGGAGGUAUCUAUAGAGAUGGAAGAGGAAUUAUCUCAGCAUUAUUCUCCUGUCCAUUGA